CGGGGAGGAAUUCCCGAGCGACGUUCGGAUCUCCGGGACGAUUUCAUAUUCGGACCGCUGGGACUUGUAGGAGGCGUGCAGUGACACGGAAGUACUCGAAGUCCCUUGGGUCUCCGUACAUCUUUUGCCAGCGCCCUUGGUUCUUGUGGCCUUGGUUGUAACUUUACCCCCACCCACGUAACAAUAGUACAGCCCGACCUCAGGUUGGGCACCAAAUUAGGACAGGCCGAGCCGGAGAAGCCCGACGUUUCUUCCGGUGGUGCUCCCCCUAUCCUCUCCGGACUCCUCCUACUAGCAGCCCCGGGGCUCUGCCGGGAAGCCGGUCCCUAGAGAACUCGAUUCUGAGCCCCGCCCUAGCCCCUGGCUGCUUCCUAGGGGACACCUCAGGCCUAGCAUUCCACCUGUCGGAGGUUCGUAGGUGGCCUUACACCUCCCCCCCAGGCCACUGUCGGCUGGCCGUGUCCCCGCCCUCGCGUCAACUGCAGGGGGCCCGCCCAUAGCCAGUUCCGGGGCGGUCGCUCUGAUACCCCUGAACUCCCCGCCCCCUCCUGCAGCCCGGGGCCUGUAGGAGGUCUCAGAGAGGAGGUAGGAGAGGUGGGGGCCGUGUGAGGGGCUCCCUAGAGGACGAGGACCCUGGAGGCGGGAUCUUGGGGCGGCACACAGGUGGAGCCAGCCAUUAAGCAGUCCCACUUCUGUGCCAGGCACUGAACUGGGCAUUUGACGAGCAUCACUUCUUAAUCCUCAGAACAUUCCAGGGAGUUUUCCAGGGUCCCAUCUCCUGGGCCAUGAGUGAGCUGAAGGACUGCCCAUUGCAAUUCCAUGAUUUCAAGUCUGUGGACCACCUGAAGGUCUGUCCCCGGUACACAGCAGUGCUGGCCCGCUCUGAGGACGAUGGGAUUGGGAUUGAGGAGCUGGACACCCUGCAGCUGGAGCUUGAGACCCUGCUGUCCUCUGCUAGCCGGCGGCUGCGUGUGCUGGAAGCUGAAACCCAGAUCCUUACUGACUGGCAGGAUAAGAAAGGUGACCGACGAUUCCUGAAGCUGGGUCGAGACCAUGAGCUUGGUGCUCCUCCAAAACAUGGGAAGCCCAAGAAACAGAAACUGGAAGGGAAGGCAGGACACGGGCCAGGUCCUGGCCCAGGACGACCCAAAUCCAAAAACGUUCAACCCAAGAUCCAGGAAUAUGAAUUCACUGAUGACCCAAUCGACGUGCCUCGGAUCCCCAAGAAUGAUGCUCCCAACAGGUUCUGGGCCUCUGUGGAGCCCUACUGUGCCGAUAUCACCAGUGAGGAGGUCCGAACACUAGAGGAGCUCCUGAAGCCCCCUGAAGAUGAAGCUGAACAUUACAAGAUUCCUCCACUAGGGAAACACUACUCCCAGCGCUGGGCCCAGGAAGAUCUGCUAGAGGAGCAGAAGGAUGGGGCUCGGGCAGCAGCCGUGGCUGAUAAGAAGAAAGGCCUCAUGGGACCACUGACUGAACUGGACACGAAAGAUGUGGAUGCCCUGUUGAAGAAGUCUGAGGCUCAGCAUGAACAGCCAGAAGAUGGGUGUCCCUUUGGUGCCCUGACACAGCGCUUGCUGCAGGCCCUGGUGGAGGAAAAUAUUAUUUCCCCUAUGGAGGACUCUCCUAUUCCUGACAUGUCUGGGAAAGAAUCAGGGGCUGAUGGAGCAAGCACCUCUCCCCGAAAUCAGAACAAGCCCUUCAGGUGAGUGCCAUCCCAUCCCCACUCCAGGCUUGACUGUCAGCUUCUGUCUUCUCACGGGGACGCAUCUUUGUAAAAGGAAGCUAAGGCCACUUGACCAAGCACAAAUGUCUCAGAUCAAAGUUCUGGCCUCGUUUCUGGACAGACUUAGCAUAGACUUGAUCAAUAUA